AGGCGCCGCGCGGAGGGAGGAGGCAGAGCCGUGGAGUCGCCGCCAGGUUCGCUCUUGGUCACUCUCGCCGGCCCGGUCUCGCCGCCUGCACCGCAUCCGCCGCCGCCGCCGCCGCUGCCGCCGCCGCCAUGGGAGUGCAGGUGGAGACCAUCUCCUCCGGAGACGGGCGCACCUUCCCGAAGCGCGGCCAGACCUGCGUGGUGCACUACACCGGGAUGCUGGAAGAUGGAAAGAAAUUUGAUUCCUCUCGGGACAGAAACAAGCCCUUUAAGUUUGUGCUAGGCAAGCAGGAAGUGAUCCGAGGCUGGGAAGAAGGGGUGGCCCAGAUGAGUGUGGGUCAGAGAGCCAAGCUCACUAUCUCUCCAGACUAUGCAUAUGGAGCCACCGGGCACCCUGGCAUCAUCCCACCAAACGCCACUCUGAUCUUUGAUGUGGAGCUUCUAAGACUGGAAUGACAGAAAUGGCCUCCUCCCUUAGCUCCCUGUUCGUGGCAGAUUUGCCAUGGAAGGAUCUGGUGCCUCCAGACGCUGCACACGAGGCCAUCCGGAGCUCCUGACGCCCACUACUCUGAACAUCUGCCCCGACCGAACGUGUUCUGUCACUCGGCUUUGCUUCUGACACCUCUACUUCCUCUCUUCCUCCUCGUAUGUGUGUGUGUACCUGAACCAUAUGCCAUGAACCUCGUAUUUUGUUUCCAUUUUGGGGGGUGAAGAUUCAGUUUCAGUCUCUUGGGUCUAGGUUUCCAAUUAAGCAUCUUGUCAAGUAUUAACAGCACAAGUGAUGGGUUAACUUUAGACUAGGAAUUGGUGUUGGGGUGGGGGUUGCAAGAACCUUUAUUUUAUUUUUUUGGAUGAAAUUUUUAUCUAUUAUAUAUUGAAUCAUUCUUGCUGCUGCGCUGCAAAGCCAUAGCAGAUUUGAGACGCUGUGGAGGGCUGACUUGUUCUCCAAUGUGCGAGGUCCUUCUGUUCAAUUGAAAACCCUGCCCAGAACGGAAGGGGGUACGUGGGAGCAGCCUCUGUGAGCCCCUCCGCCGCCUCUGAAACCUGCGGUCGCUCACUGCGAUGCUGGGCGCUCCAGGGAUCUGUCCCCGGCUGCCAGGGACCUCUGAAACCUUAGUGACCUGACUUGAUUUCUUUUUUUUUUUUUUCAUCCUGUGGUUUUUCUAAUGAAUUUUCAAGACUUUUGUAAUCUCAGAACUAUCAAGCUCCACUUCCUAAAUUUUAAGAACUUUAAUUGAAAGUUUAAAUUGAAGGUGCUGUUUGUAGACUUACCACCCAAUGAAAGCCCAGCAAUCAUGACAAAUCCUUGAGUGUUCCCUGAGAAAAUGAUGCUGGUCAUCGCAGCUUCAGCAUCUCCUGGGUUUUGAUGCUCGGCUCUCGGCUCCUAGCAGUGUCCCGGCCUUCCCUUCCCUGGCCCCUCUCGCCCUUUGCUGUCUGGUGUAGUGAUCUGGUGAGAGAAAUCGUCGCUUUGUUCCACUUCCCCACCCCGCACCACACAUGAGUUUUAUUAUUGCAAUAAAAGUGCUUUAUGCUGGCUUUUCUCA